UAUUGACUCUAUAAGACCAGAGGUGGGUGCAGAGGCGGCAUUUACAACCACGUGGUAGCUGUGAGCACACGCGCUGUGAUCGAGUUCUUCUCGAGCGCACUUUGCACGUGCCCUUCUGAGGGACUUCACCUCAUCCAGCUUUUGGCAAUGGUCAAGAAAGUGCCGGCGAAACUAGUGAAGAAGUCCAAGAGACAUGGUAUUCCUCGCGACGAGCUGGUCACCGUCAAGUCCGACCUCAUUUUGUUGGCGCCAGAGUUCGAGGACAUCGAGGAAAAGAGGCUGGAAGGACCCGCAUGGACGCGGCGGGGCCAGCGUGACCCGGAGGACUCGCUUAAAGCAGCAUCAGCAGCAACAGCAGCUGCAGCAGCAGCAGGGGAAGAUGGAGGAGUGUGUGGGCGAGGCACAGGGGUGAGGGCAGCUGUGGUGUGCCUCAAACUAGCCGUCCUAGUGGGUCUCCUCUACCUCUUCGUGUGUUCCCUCAAGCUGCUAGCCAGCUCCUUCAGGCUCCUGGGCGGCAGGACAGCUAGUACGGUGUUCCAGCAGUCACAGGUGUUGAGUAACCCCGUGGUGGGGCUCAUGAUGGGAGUGUUGGUGACUGUGUUGGUGCAAUCUUCCUCCACCUCCACCUCCAUCAUUGUCUCCAUGGUCGCUGCUAAUUUUUUGGACGUGGCAACAGCUAUUCCUAUCAUCAUGGGCGCCAACAUUGGUACCUCCGUCACCAAUACUUUGGUCAGCAUCGGCCAGAUGGGAGACCGGGAACAGUUUGAGCUUGCCUUCGCUGGUGCUGUGGUUCAUGAUAUGUUCAACUGGCUGUGUGUAGGGGUGCUGCUGCCCCUUGAGGUGGCUACUGGCUACCUUGACGUGCUCACCAAGGCCAUCCUCUCCGGUGUCACUCUCGAGCAUAAUGACAUGCAGGUCGAGCUCCUCUCGAGCAUCACUAAACCUUUCACCAAUAAGAUAGUUACUCUGAACAAGGCUGUGUUGACUGGUUGGACCAUGAAGGAUCCUGCUUAUGAGAACGCCACACUCCUGCGACGCCUCUGUCCACACCCCCACAACGAAACACAACUCAUCACAUGCAGCACCUUGGCAGCGCAUCUACCUCUGAGUGAUACUGGCGUCGGUCUGGUGCUGCUGGCUGCUUCACUCAUCCUCCUCACACUCUGCCUCAUCUCCAUUGUCAAGACACUCAGCUCUAUGCUCAAGGGGUCAGUGGCAGGUGUGGUGCAGCGGGUGCUCAACGCAGACUUGCCCCGGGUGCCAUGGCUGACGGGUUACUUGGCCAUCCUCGCCGGUGCUAUCAUGACCUUCAUCCUACAGUCUUCCUCCAUCUUCACCUCCACACUGACCCCACUGGUGGGGUUGGGCAUGAUCAGCGUGGAGCGUGUUUACCCCCUCACACUGGGCUCCAAUCUGGGCACUACUACCACGGCCCUCCUGGCUGCCCUCGCCUCAGACGCUUCUAGCCUCCGUCCUGCCAUUCAGAUUGCCCUUGUGCACCUCUUUUUCAACGUGACGGGCCUGCUUCUAUUCUAUCCCAUACCUUUCCUGCGACUUCCCGUGCGUAUGGCUCUUGUUCUGGGUAAGAUCACUGCCAAAUACCGCUGGUUCGCCGUCCUCUAUAUGGUGAUGACGUUCGCCAUUGUACCACUCUUCGUGUUCUCCGUGUCCCUGGGCGGACCCGUCGUCAUGUACAGUGUCUUCAUUCCAAUUGCCAUAUUUGUAUUUAUUGUCAUAUUCAUCAAUAUAUCUCAGGUACGCUUCCCCAAAUGUCUGCCCCCAGUGCUGCGCACAUGGCACUGGCUGCCUUUGCCACUGCGCUCUCUACAACCCUACGAUGACCUCAUCACUCGCAUAAUGUGCUGCGCCCGCCGUCCGGGGCACCAGUAUUCUCACGUACCCGCCGUAUCCAUGCAACCCCCGCUGGGUGCAGUCGAAGAUAUUGUCGUGGUUGCUGUAGACAACAAGGGACUAGAGCGGGAAAUCGGCGGAGAUAGCCCAAGCAUGCAGGCGGAGGUGCAGAUCCAUAGUGCCAGUGCUAUUUCCCGUGCUGUCUUCGUUCAGCACGAGACGUCUACUUAAGACGGCACAACCCUACAGCGUCAGUGCCACCUCCCGUGCCGUUUCCGUGCAGCAUAUAAGAUGUCUGCUUAAGAUGGCACUAUCUCCACGGUAUCCACAGUGCUAUUGCCACCUCUCAUGGCAUCUUUAAUACUAGACAUCUGCCUAAGGUGGCACGGACUCCACAGCGCCAGUGCCACAUUUCUUGCCCCCUUCGUCCCACGCACAGUGUGUACAUAAGGUGGCAAUGCCUCUACGGGAUUCACAGUGCUAGUGCCACCUCUCGUGCCGUCUUCAUCCUGCGUACGACGGAUACAUAAAGAGGCACUUCCUCCAGGGUUCACCAGCCGGGGGCGUCCAUGGUGUUCGAGAGUUGAUAAACGGGAACUGUCGUCGUAAGAGGCACUAAUUCUCACUUGUAAGAAUUCGUAAAUAAAUGAAUAUUAUAUAUUCAAAAGAUCUUUGCUAGUAAGCAUAUGCUCAAAUAGGUUUUUAAUUUCUUUAAAAUUUAUAUGCACAGAUUUUUAAUCACAAAAUUCCUACUAUUUUAUGAUAAAAGGUGAAACAAUGCAUAUAUUUUUCCAUGGAUACUGAAACACUGAAAAAUUAUUACAAUUCAUCUAUAUCAGAGAGGUUGUGAUAUGAGUAAGAAACAGAGGAGACUGAGAUCUGCUGGCUCUUUGACAUAUUACAAUAAUAUCAUCCUUACAUAUACUCAUUGUCAAUAAUUUAUAGCACCGUCUUCAAAACCAUAUAUAGUAAUGUGUAUAGCUGGUGCCAGUGUUCAAUAGCAACGAAUAUAGCUAAUAUAUAAGUGAUAAUUUAUAUAUAGGGGAUAUAGCUAGUUAAUGAAUAUCUAUAUUCCCUCAAGGGAAGGUCCUUGAUGCUAGUGAGGGGUUUUUGAUCUAAGGAAUUAAAACUCCUUUCCAUGGAUCGAAUCUGAUUGCCUCUCAUUCCCUAGGCGCCGUAUGACCCUUACGGGUUUAGCGUUUUCCACCCCUAAAUAUAACAAUAUAGUGUGACUUGAUAAUACAACUUAAGUCAAGAUAUAGUAUUUCAAGCUUGUCUGCUUUAGGCAGUCCUGGCAAUAUGUUGUGGCUUCCUGGCACUGUCCAGCCAGUAGUCCAUCUUUGUCUUGUACUUUCAAUGGAAGUCAUAACCUCGUCUCUUACACCUUAAGGUACCACUCAAGAUGAUAAAAUUUUAAUAGAGGAAUCACAAACUGCAUAGAAAGAUCAAAUUUCCACCAUUUAACUUAUAUUAAUUAAGUACUCGACAACUACACUUAAAAAUGAUUGAAAUGUAUAAUUCUAUUUAUAUUUUUGUUAAAAGCAUCUUUGUACGAAUGGAAGUGAUCUCUUUUUUGACUCUGUGAUCUGAUACAGCAGGUUUCUUACAUUUACACAUAACAGAGUGCUCAAGGAUAAUCAACACAUCGAGCUACCUAAUUAUAAUGCCAAGUUCCAUUACUUGACGGAAGACAAUGUUAACCACUGACUGACCAAGACACAACGUUAACCACUAACUGAUGAUAGAACAAUGUUAACCACUAACUGAUGAAAACAAUGUUAAUCACUAACUGAUGAAGACAAUGUUAACCACUAACCGAUGAAGACAAUGUUAACCACUAACUGAUGAAGACAAUGUUAACCACUAACUGAUGAAACAGUGUUAACCAC